AAAUCGAAAGAGGGGUUAGACCGGGCUCAAACAUUACAUGGUUGUAAAGGCAUAGUCGUCAUCGCCUCCUUAACUAAUCUCACUAAUCACCAUUCACCAGGGCUUUCCCCCUGCAAAAGAAAUCAACCUUCACCGCCCGCACCGCCAUUCUCUCCUCUCUCUCUCUCCAUCUCUCUCCGCCUCUUCUCUCCGCACAACAAUAAUUUCAUAUAAGAUUCGAUAUCAGUUGACAUAUUAUGUCACUGUUUCGGGGAUUAUCUCGGAUUUCGAGGUCGAGUUACAACCAGUGUAGAUUUAUAUACUCGCUGCCACGUCAUCACCAUCCUCUACAACAACAACUCUCUCAUGGCCAUUCUAAUCAGUUUGUAUCUCAUUUUGAUUCCAAUCGCAAGGUUCUGGGUUGCAGAAUAAUUUAUUCAUGGAUUUCGGGUGCCUUUACUAGUAUUGGACAACAGGUGCAAUAUCAAAGCAACUCCAUGGUUGACUCGACGGAACAAGUUGACCCAUUUUCUAUAGUUGCCGAUGAACUAUCUAUUCUUGCCGAGAGGUUACGGUCAAUGGUGGUAGCUGAGGUGCCAAAGCUUGCCUCAGCUGCCGAGUAUUUCUUUAAACUUGGUGUUGAAGGAAAGAGGUUUCGACCAACGGUUUUGUUGUUGAUGGCAACAGCUUUAAAUUUACCAAUAUCCGCUCCAGUUCUUGACAACGGUGUUCAUAUGUUGUCUACAGAAUUACGUACAAGACAGCAGUGUAUAGCUGAGAUAACAGAAAUGAUCCAUGUCGCCAGUCUUCUUCACGAUGAUGUAUUGGAUGAUGCUGAUACAAGACGUGGAAUCGGUUCAUUGAACGCUGUAAUGGGGAAUAAGUUAGCAGUAUUGGCCGGAGAUUUCUUGCUGUCCAGAGCGUGUGUCGCUCUUGCAUCUUUGAAGAACACGGAGGUUGUGUCACUUCUAGCAACAGUAGUGGAGCAUCUUGUUACAGGGGAGACCAUGCAAAUGACCACUACUUCUGAGCAACGCCUUAGUAUGGAGUAUUAUCUGCAAAAGACAUACUACAAGACCGCAUCACUGAUUUCGAACAGCUGCAAGGCAAUUGCUCUUCUUGCAGGGCAGACAGCUGAAGUUUCAGUGUUGGCUUUUGAUUAUGGAAAAAAUCUUGGUCUGGCAUUUCAACUAAUAGAUGAUGUUCUUGAUUUUACUGGGACAUCAUCUUCUCUGGGGAAGGGUUCCUUGUCUGAUAUCCGCCAUGGUAUCGUGACUGCUCCAAUAUUGUUCGCUAUCGAGGAAUUUCCAGAAUUGCGUCCAAUCGUUGAUCGGGGGUUUGACAAACCUGGAGAUGUAGAUCUUGCUCUAGAUUAUCUAGGGCGGAGUCAUGGAAUACAGAGGACACGGGAAUUAGCACAGAAGCAUGCCAACCUCGCUUCAAGUGCAAUCGAUUCUUUACCUGACAAUGAUGAUGAGGACGUUCAAAUAUCAAGGCGGGCAUUGGUAGAAUUAACGCAAAGAGUCAUUACGAGAAAUAAAUAAAAACAAAUCAGAAAGCAAGUUCAUAUUGGCAACUGUAUACGAAGAAUUUUGUUUAGCUACUACCAGUGAUUUUGUAAGGUAGAGGAAAGCAUGCACCAAUAUUAUGAUAGAAUUGAACUUUGAUCCUUUAAUGUUCAUUCUUUUUGAUAUUCAAAUAAUCAGUCUAGAGAGAAUCAUACUUCUAGAGGAGUGCUCUUUGCCACA